AUCAUCGUCUUCAUCCCCCUCGAGAACCAAAAGUUAAAAAAGUCCACCGCCCAUCUAUCCGUCCAUCCCUUCCUCCCUCCAUCCCUCCCGCAGGCGCGCACCAGCCGCCCCCUCCGGAAAGUAAACGCCUCCUCUCCUCCCUCGUGAGACAACGCCUCUCCUCCCUUCCCCGAUCUCAUCAUCAUCAUCAUCAUCCUCAUCAUCAUCAUCAUCAGUAAUCCCACCACCACCACCUCCACCUCCACCUCCACCACCAUCUCCAUUAAAUUUAAUCUCCACUCUCUCUCUCUCUCUCUCCCUCUCUUUUAAUAAUUAAAGAUCGCUGUUUUGUUCGCGUCAACGUCACUCUCUCUCCCUCUCUCUGUGUGUCUUUACUGUGACGCUGUGGUCAAUGGGUUUUCCCUGCAACGCCCGCAUCCUGUACUUCCGCACCCCCGCAACCACCACUUCCUCCUCCCCUCCACCUCCCCCUCCUCCUCCACCUCCACCAAUCCAUGACUCCUCCCCCAUGAGGCCAGGCCCCGCCGGACCCCCGCCGCCCCCGCGCCGGCAGAGACAUGCUCUGCCCCCGCCGCGCCGCCAUCCUCCUCCUCCUCCUCCUCUACCUCGUCGCGUGCCACGCGCUCUCCGCCGCCGCCGCCUGCUACCCCUCCGAUGGCGUCGCCCUCGCCUCCUUCUUCCUCGGCGUCUCCCCGCUCGCCCCCGCGGCCCCCCUCAAUUGGUCCUCCGCCUCCGACUGCUGCGGCUGGGAUGGGGUCCUCUGCGACCCCUCCGCCGGGCGGGUCCUCCAACUUUCGCUCUCCGGCCGCCGCCUGAACGGCACCGUCUCGCCGUCGCUCUUGCAGUUGUCCUCGCUCACCCACCUCAACCUCUCGGGCAACCGGCUGUCCGGCCAGCUGUCCGGCGAUUUCUUCUCUGCGCUCGGCCAGCUGCGGGUCCUCGACCUCAGCUCCAACGUGCUGUCCGGCGACAUCCCUGCCCUUCCCCAGGACAACGCCGUCCAGACCCUGGAUUUGUCCAGCAACGCCUUCCGCGGCACGAUCCCGUCCUCGAUCUUCCAGUUCGGUCGGAACCUGACCAACUUCAACGCCAGCAACAACCACCUCGCCGGCGCGAUCCCCUCGCCGAUCUGCGACGCCACGAAACCCGACAGUGCCCUCCUCGUCCGCUCGCUCGACUUCUCGGGCAACAACCUGAGCGGCGAGAUCCCGUCCGGGCUAGGGAGCUGCUCGGAGCUGGCAGUCUUCCGGGCGGCCUUCAAUUCGCUCACCGGGGGAGUCCCCGGCGACUUGUACGCCGCCACGUCGCUCAAGGAACUUUCUCUGCAUUUGAACCAGUUGAAGGGGCCGAUUGGCGAUGGGAUUGGGAACUUGAGCAAUCUCCAGAUUCUUGCUCUGUACUCCAACAAUUUCAGUGGCCUUAUACCUGACAGUAUUGGCAAUUUGGCCAAGCUCGAGUAUUUGCUGCUUUACAUCAACAACUUGACUGGACCGUUGCCUUCUUCAUUGAACAAGUGCGUGAGACUCAAGAAAUUGAUCCUCCGGGUCAACAACUUGGAAGGAAAUCUCUCGGCGUUCGACUUCUCCCCGCUUCAGCAGCUCACGACGCUUGACCUCGGCAACAACAACUUCACCGGUAAACUGCCCCCGAGCCUUUACUCUUGUAAAUCACUCACCGCGAUUAGAUUCGCCACCAAUAGGCUCGAGGGGCAAAUCGCGCCGGAGAUAGUCUCGCUGCAAUCGCUGAUUUUCUUAUCGAUUUCUAACAAUUCCCUGUCGAACAUUACCGGGGCGAUCAGCAUAUUGAUGAAUCUGAAGAACCUUAGUGCCGUUAUACUGUCCAAGAACUUUUGGAACGAAGCCAUGCCUGAAGGUGAUACUAUAAUUGCUCCAGGCGGAUUCCAGAAUCUCCAGGUUUUAGCCCUUGGUGGCUGCCAAUUGACAGGGGAAGUACCCAUUUGGCUAAAAAGGCUUAGCAAUUUAGAAGUUUUGGACUUAUCGCAGAAUUUCAUCACGGGUACCAUUCCAGGUUGGUUUGCUGUCUUGCAAAAUUUGUUCUACUUGGACUUGUCAAGUAACCUUCUGAGCGGCGGAUUCCCGGUUGUGCUAACACAUCUACCGGCUUUGACACUGGCGAAUCCUAGUGCUUCACUGAACCAGACUUAUCUGGAGCUGCCGGUCUUUGUCAUGCCCAAUAAUGCGACUAAUCAGCAGUAUAAUCAACUCUCAAAUCUCCCACCUGCUAUAUAUUUGUAUAACAAUAGCCUUUCUGGUCCUAUACCAGUUGAGAUCGGCCAGUUGAAAUCUCUGCAUGUUCUGUACGUCCAGCACAACAAUUUUUCAGGAAGCAUCCCGAAUGAAAUAUGUUACCUUACAAACCUGGAAAAAUUAGACCUUUCUUUUAACCAACUAACUGGAGCAAUCCCUACAUCCCUCAAAGGUCUCCAUUUCUUGUCCUUGUUCAACGUUGCUGACAAUGAUCUCCAAGGGCCGGUACCAACAGGAGGCCAAUUUGACACCUUCCCUAACUCCAGCUUUAUGGGAAACCCCGGAUUAUGCGGUGCAGUUGUACAGAAGCUUUGCAAUGAUAGUUCACCCCCCAUGCCCCCCCCUCCUAUGCCGAGUAAAAGCCCAAAUAAGAAGCUCAUCGUUGGUCUGAUUGUGGGGACAUGUUUUAUUGCGGGUCUCACGAUUACUUUUGGCUUGUGGGUAUUCACGAAGAGAAGAGUCAGUCCUCGAAGGGAUUCAGAUAAAACCGACUUGGACAACAUUUCCAUCAAUUCCACUCUUGGGAUUGCUCGGGAGCUUGACAAGAACACCAGCUUGGUGAUAGUGUUCCAGGACAACACGAAUGACUUCAAGGAUCUUACAAUAUCCGAAAUUUUGGCAGCCACUGACAACUUCAACCAGGCAAAUAUUAUCGGUUGCGGGGCCUUUGGCUUGGUCUACAGAGCAAUCUUGCCAAACGGGGAGAAGCUGGCUGUUAAAAAACUCUCGGGGGACAUGGGCCUUAUGGAGAAGGAAUUCAAGGCUGAGGUGGAAGUUCUUUCCAAUGCUCGGCAUGAGAAUCUGGUUGCCCUUCAGGGUUACUGCAUCCAUGAAGGCUCUCGUCUACUCAUGUAUUCUUACAUGGAGAAUGGAAGUCUUGAUUAUUGGUUGCAUGAGAAGAGCGAUGGUCCGGCUCAACUGGACUGGCCCGCCAGGCUGAAGAUAGCCCAGGGCGCAAGUUGCGGGCUGGCUUACAUGCACCAGAUAUGCGAGCCACACAUCGUACACCGAGACAUCAAGUCCAGCAACAUUCUUCUUGAUGAAAAAUUCGAAGCACAUGUAGCUGAUUUUGGAUUGUCCAGAUUGAUUCUUCCUUAUCAUACUCACGUUACCACAGAGCUUGUCGGUACCUUGGGCUAUAUCCCCCCCGAAUAUGCUCAUGCUUGGAUAGCCACGUUAAGAGGCGAUGUGUACAGUUUUGGGGUGGUCAUGCUGGAGUUGCUUACAGGGAAACGACCUGUAGAUGUGUCGAAGCCAAGAGAGUCGAGAGAGUUGGUGAAGUGGGUGCAGGAAAUGAGGAAGCAGGGGAAACAGGAGGAAAUUUUCGACUCUCUUCUCAGAGGAAAGGGAUUUGAGGAUCAGAUGGUGCAAGUUCUCGAUGUGGCAUGCCUAUGCGUGAAUGACAACCCUUUCAAGAGGCCAAGUAUCAAGGAAGUGGUGGAUUGGCUUAAGAAUGUAGGCACCAACUCACUGACCCCAAAUGGAAAGUGAAUCUUAUUACAUUCUGAGAACUUGGCACCAAAGCAGCCCAAAUAUCAUGGAUUGUCGUUACUGCAGAUUUUUCAGUUCUUACACGUGUAACUCGCUUGUGUAGACUAGAGAAUGUAUUUUCUGGGACAUGUACAGGGGAAAGGAGGUGUAAUUCAGCGACUCGGUCACUAGCUUUAGGCGGUUGGAGAGUAAAUAACGUCAUUCAAGGACCAACACUCUUUCCUACUUAUCUACAUGUUUUUCCCAGAAUGUGGCUAUACACACUUAAAUGGAUGGUUGGCUUUGAUGCAAAAUUUUUGUGUGGUGAGAACUCAGCUUGGUUCGAGUUAUGCAAAUUUAAGGUUUCAUUGAAGGAAAAAGGGAUAUGUGAGCUUGUAAGAGGUAAGGCUGUGUUACACUUCCCUACAGAGAAAGUUGACAUGUUUUCUGUAUAGUAAUGAGCGAACUCUCACAUGGUUUGAUUAUGUCCACCAUGUGCUCUGUAUCUCGAUGCUGCUCACACACUGUAUUAUGUUGAUAAAGAAAAAAAAGAUGAGUUGGGAAGGAGAGUCUUGAUGAUCCAGAUUUUAUUUUGGGUU